UGGACUUAUUUUGGUUAAAUGCCUCUGGGCUAGAUGUGCUGUGGCGAAUCUUUGUGAAUCUUAGUGAAUCUAUUCAUGCUGACUAUCAUUUUGAAAAAAAUAAUCAACUUACAAUUUUUCCCCGGAAAAUAAUAAUUUGUUAGAUAAUAAUAUUUACCCAUGUGUUUGGACAUUUAAACUUCUUGAGCACUAAUCGGUGAAAUCGUGAAGUCACUGAAAUGGAACACUGAAAAGUAUUUACAAGUUACCGGAUCGAACUUCACCCCUGGGGUUAGGAAGAAGUAGCGUGUCGUACCAAUAUGGCACAAGUGAGCCCCACGGGGCACGUAGCUACUGCGGAGGAAACUGGACAGGCAAAGGUGAAUGGGAGUGGAUCUAUAACCGAUUUAGAUCAGUCCCAAUCUUACUAUCGCAAGGAGGAAAUGCCAGAGGCGUUUAACGGACUAUUAUCAGAAUCAGAGGACCGUCGAGAUGUCAGUAGCCAUGGCGGUUUGGGACAGUUGGUCAGCAGCGUGUCAUCCGCUGGUUCCUUUCCACCCGCCCCUCGGCUCUCUCACACCCCGACCUCAGAUUUCCAGCCACCAUAUUUCCCCCCUCCCUACAACCUCCCAUCCCAACAAACAAUGGACUUUCAUCACCCUCACUUCAAUGCGGACUCUUAUUCACAUUUGAGUAACUUUCAUCAGCAAUCCCAGCAGCACUAUCAUCAGCUUCAUCCCCCGGAACGAAAUGUGCUGCGCUACAAAGAGGAACCCCUCCAUAAUAUGCACCCCGGACUUACUCCACCCCACUCGGAAUACGGUGGGAUCCGCCGACCAGAUAUUCUUAUGUCAGGGGGACAUCCACUAGGUUUUGGUGAUCAGAAUACAAAUUUGUUAAAUAUUCACCCAUCAGCAGGACUGCCGGGCAUUGAAGAUGGAAUCCAUCAGGGAGCCAUUGAUGAGUCGGGUAACUACAUCUCUAGUGAUCACAAUGGAGUCAUCAGAAAGGGUAUCAGACCUAAAAAUGACAACAGCAAGGAUCUGGUCAUUUCCGGGAUCACUUCCCCGGGGGACGUAUUCUGCUCAGUGCCCGGGCGGCUGUCCCUCCUCAGUAGUACCUCAAAAUACAAGGUCACUGUCGCCGAGGUCCAGAGACGGUUGUCGCCACCGGAAUGCCUCAACGCCUCACUACUAGGAGGAGUGCUCCGAAGGGCAAAGUCUAAGAAUGGUGGACGAUCGUUACGAGACAAAUUAGACAAGAUAGGACUUAGUCUUCCGGCUGGCCGCAGAAAGGCCGCUAACGUCACACUUCUGACGUCAUUAGUAGAAGGUGAAGCCGUUCGACUUGCCAGAGAUUACGGAUACCUGUGUGAGACCGAGUUUCCAGCUCGCCAAUGCGCUGAGUACAACACAAGGCAAUACAGUAAUGAUCCAACAGACCAAAUGGCCCGCAAAAACAUGAUCUUAGCCACAAAGCAAAUUUUGAAGGAGUUCAUGGACUUGUUGAACCAAGACCGCUCCCCGCUCGGAAACACAAGACCCCAACCCAUCCUAGAGCCAGGCAUCCAGAGACAUUUAACUCAUUUUAGUUUAAUUACUCAUGGUUUUGGGUCGCCAGCCGUUGUGGCCUCGUUGACGGCCGUGCAGGCCUAUCUUAAUGAAAUGUUAAAAAUAUUGGACAAAUCUUACUCGACGGGGAACACCCAGGUUCAAGGUCAGCAGAUGGACAGUGGGGUCAAAUCCAAACUCCCCGACAAAGACGAAAACCGCAGAGAAUGAUCUUAGUGUGCUGCAUGUGUAUGCGUGCGCGCGCGUGAGCGGUAUUGCACAGUGGACAACGGACGCAGUCGAUAUCAAAAGUGCUGACUGAUUCUGACUGAGGGAUCAGUUUUACAUGACUAGAGCCCAUUGGUUCACAACAGCUUAAUUAGUGAAGAACCGAUGAGACUCUACGUUUUGUUCAAUUUUUUGUCAGGGUCAUUAUUUUAUACACGUAUCAACAGAUUUAGAUUGUUUCAAUGAAUUUCAUGUGAAAUCCAUCUGUCUUUCUCUCAAACAAAGAAAAUAGUUCUUCGGGCAAUAAAAUUUAUAAUCGAGAAUAGUGACACAAAUAUAAAAGGAAACAAAAGAAUUGAUUAAUUAUUCUCGAUUGUUAAAAACAAAAACAUUUCAAUUGAAGACAUACAUUAAGGAAUAACAUUUUCCUGAUUUGGUUUUCCUUGAAUUCGAGGAAAGAUAAUUUUGUAUGUUUAUCUAUGUAAUAAAUCUGUAAAGAUGUACGUGUAACUUUGGGCCACAGUUGCUGCAAUAUGGUUCUUUGUUUCUGUUUAUUAAGAAUUAGCAUUAUCACAAUGUAAGUGAGCAUUACAUUUUAUUUGUUCUAGUCUUUAUUUUUUUCCUUUUGUUCAAAUAUAUUUCGUAAAGAAAUAUGUUUAUAUGUAUGAUACGUUACUGAUGCUAGAUUUUUUGUGUGUACAGUUUAUAAGGAAAUACUCAUUAUUUGAAAGAGAGUUUUUAUAUAUUAAUUCCAGACGACAAAUACGUCACUUUUGCAUUCCUUACCGCCAUUGUCUCGUGAUCAAAAUUCUGUGCAAGCAAGAAACAUGUUUAUGUGUAACCAUGUGUGAAUGUGAGUGAAUGGUGAAAUUUUCCACUUCUGAGAACAUAUAAAGAGUAUACCAUUGUACACGCGGUCAAGGAAACCAUGAAAAUAAAUUAAAAUACACAAAAAAUACA